UGAAAGACAGAGCGAGAGAGAUGGGUGGAGAGAUUGCUUCAUCUGUAUAAAAGCAGGGUACAAAAACAACAGGCAAAAAAUCUUUGCUCUCUUUGCAUUCAGCACAACAAUACGACUACAUUGGGAGAUGGCCACUGCAGGGAAGGUGAUUAAAUGUAAGGCUGCUGUUGCCUGGGAACCCAAUGCUCCCCUGGUGAUGGAGGAAAUAGAGGUGGCACCACCGCAGGAGGGAGAAAUACGUAUUAAGGUUAUAGCUACAGGUGUGUGUCACAGCGAUCUUUAUCACCUGUUUGAGAGUCAGCUGAAGAAGGGCUUCCCCACUGUUCUGGGUCAUGAAGGGGCCGGUGUGGUGGAGAGUGUGGGACCUGGAGUCACUGAUUUUAAACCAGGGGAUAAAGUCAUCACGCUCUUUCUCUGUCAGUGUGGAGAAUGCAGGUUCUGCAAAUAUCCAAAAACAAACAUGUGUGAUCGUAGCUGGGCCAACAAGCAUUGUGAUGUGAUGUCCUAUCCCACAACACGUUUCACUUGCCGUGGUCAGCCUAUCCUGCAGUUCGUGGGCACCAGCACCUUCUCCGAGUACACUGUCAUGAACCAGAUCGCUGUGACAAAGAUCCGCGACGAUGCUCCGCUCGAUCGUGUGUGUUUGCUCGCCUGUGGCGUCUCUACUGGCUAUGGAGCAGCUGUCAAUACGGCUGCAGUCACACCGGGCUCCGUGUGUGCAGUUUUCGGGCUGGGUGCGGUGGGUCUUGCCGCAGUCAUGGGCUGUAAAAAUGCAGGAGCCUCUCGGAUCUUUGCCGUUGAUAUUAACGAAGAGAAGUUUAAGAAGGCAAAGGUGUUCGGUGCCACCGAUUUUGUGAAUCCGAAAUCAUACGAUAAACCUAUCAGCGAGGUGCUCGCAGAGAUGACCAAUGGAGGAGUGGACUUCUCUCUUGAGUGUGUAGGCAACACAGAAGUAAUGAGGAGUGCACUGGAGUCAUGUGUUAAAGGUUGGGGUGUGAGUGUUUUGGUCGGAUGGACUGAUGUGAAAGACUUUUCCGCAAGGCCCCUUCAGCUCAUAUCUGGGAAAACUUGGAAGGGUUCUCUGUUUGGAGGUUUUAAGAGCAAGGAGUGUGUUCCAAGACUUGUUGAGGACUACAUGUCUGGCAAAAUAAUGCUUGAUGAGUUCAUAACCCACAACAUGCCUCUGGAGAAGGUCAAUGAUGCCAUCAACCUUAUGAAGACUGGAGAAUGCAUUCGAACCAUCCUGAAUAUAUCAAAAUAAAAGGCAAUCUUCUUCCAAAAGUUAAAGAGUCGCUACUUGCCUCCUCCCUGUUUGUAAUGUAUAACAACAGGGUUCAAGGAUCCAUUUUAAUUGCAUUGUCUAGCUUACUGCUUUAUAAAGUGCUUUGUUUCACUUGUUUCUAAGUAAAAAAAAGACAUUUCAGCACAUUAAGACAACAUUAUAUGUAGUUGUAUUGUAACCAAGCAAAGUUUAUAUCAAUCUAUUAAACUCUUUUAUAAUGCACAAACAUUAACAAUUAAAGUUAUCUUUUGCAAAUAAAAAUAAGCAUGUAAAUCA